AUAACGUAACUACUACACUCUGUUACGUUUAGGGAAGGACAACACAUAUAUAAGAGCGGUGCCAAGGUUUUUCUCACUAGUAACCUACUCAGACUGCACCCAGAGCGGAUCUCCCGCUUCUAGUGUACUGUGACUCGCUAGAUUAACCCCGCUGCAGCAUGAGGUACACAUUCAUAGAGAACCUGGGUGUUGGUGUAGUGCCCCAAGACGACUCGGCACGCGCUAAAACUUACAAACGGUGCACCAUCGCCUGUGUGGUCAUCAUAAUAGUGCUGAUGUUGGCCAACGUGAUCCUACUGUAUACUGUGUAUGGUGACCGUGGCUCUCUCACGUGUUCACCUCCAAUAAGGGCAGACGUCAGUACUCUUCUGAACGACACUGAACACGGUAAGAAAUAUGAAACGACAUCGGUGUAUAAUGUGACGGAAUUUAGUGCCACAGUGAACAAUGCCACUACACCUGGGUCAAGUCAUAUAGGGAACAGCGCCACUACAUCUGGGAUGGAUUGGGAGAAGCAGAAAAUCGAACAGGAGCUGAAGGAACUACGUGAAGUGGGAUGCCAGCCGACGCAACAGGUCAUGCACUUGUCGACCUUACUCACUCCUGACGACAACUUGGCGGACAAGAGAACACUAAAACCCGAGUGGGUGGUAGUGAGGCGUUGUCUAUCUACCUUCAGCUACUGCCCUGGUCCUCGACGCUGCCGCCCUGCUCCAGGAACUGAACGUAAUAAGACGAUCGUCGUGUACGCCCAAGAUGAAGACGGGUCGUUUGGAUACCACCAACGAAAGGUCGUCGAGCACACUAGUUGCAGCUGCCAGUGACUUUUGUGUUUAUAGCUUCCUGUGAUGGCAGUGAAGCAGUGUGUGUACAUAUCUCUGUACUUCCCUACGGAAGCCAGAUAGUUUCAUGUGUACAUAUAUCAUUAUUUAUUAGUAAUCUCAAACUAAUAUUGUUAACGUGUGAGAAUCUCCCAUCUUCAGGGAGCAGAGAACAUUAUGACAACAUUGUACAUACAUCAUCUUCAUUAAAAAGUGAAAAAUG